UUCGUUACUAUAGUCUUGGUACGCCAAAAAUGAUACAGUUUGUUAUUUUUCUUUGUGUGCUAGUUUCAGCUAAUGCGUUUUCAAAAGAAGUGGCAGACCUAUUUAUGACAAAAAUGGAUCAGGUCGGAGAGGCUUGCAUAAAGGAAACAAAAGCUAGCCCAGAUGAUAUAAUCGAGUUAUUAAACUAUAAAGUCCCUACCACCCAGGAAGGAAAGUGUAUGCUAUUUUGCAUUAAUAAGGCUUUUAACUUGCAAAAUGAUGACGGAUCGGCCAAUAAAGAUGACAUUUUUAAAUUUGUAGAUAGGUUAUCUGAACUUCAUCCACAUGUUCAUCAGCAAUACAGAACCAUAGUUGAAGAAUGUUUAAACAAUGAUUCUAUCAAAGACGAAGAUCCUUGUGUCUUUGCAGCUAACUUUGUCAGAUGUUGUGAAGAAAAAUUGGAUUAAAAACAGUUCGAUAAUACCUA